AUAUUGGGGACAACUGCAACAAGUCCUGCGUUGCCGUGUAUACGCGCGCACAUGAAUCUCUGCCAAACUGACGCGGAACAUCCGCUCGCGCGAGCCUUGCUUGAUGUGUAGAUAGAGUAGGUAGCUUAGGUUUAGGUGAUCUAGCUUGUGAGGGUCUCCCCUCCGAGCUGUCCGAGCCAAAACCUCGCCCUGCGACUUAUUUACAAACUUGCGCAGGAAUAGCCCAUUUAUACCUACACAUUUCGCCAUGGCAGCGCCUGCUUGGCAGCGGGACCUCCUCCCGUCGACAGAAGCCACUCGCGGCGGCGCUCCACAGCCUGAUUCAGUCUCUAUUCCCGCGCGGAAGUAUCAGGAUGUCGAGCAGCUGUCCAAGACAUUCGGUCACGUUGCAAAUGUGUCGAAAGAGUUCAGGCGGGAUACCGAAUUGAGCGAUCUGCUGGCUUCUACCAGCAAAGAGGACACCUACCAGCAGCACUUUCAGGGCUGGCCGUCUCUGCUGCGGCCGCUCUCACCGGCGGUGCUGGAGCUGCCCACGAUGGUGCAGGACAAGUACCGCUCCUGCCAGGCCAUGUGCUUCUGCGGCCUGUUCCCGCAGAUCCGCCGCGCCUGGGCCUCGGUGGACAACUCGCUGUUCCUGUGGCGCUACGACCGCAGCUCGGACGUGCCUCUGGAGUACUGCGGCGAGGACCAGGCCAUCAGCUGCGUGGGGAUGGCGGCGCCGCGACCCGGAGUGUUCCUGCCAGCCAUACGCUUCGUGAUUGUGCUGUGCACCACCGCGGAGAUUGUGCUGCUGGGCGUGUGCCCCUCCCGCGACUCCGCCGCCGCCUCAUCCGCGGACGCCGCUACAGCCGCCACGGCCGCGCCCGACGAGCUGCUGCUACAGCCGCUGCCGCUGUACUCGCUGCCCACCGACAACACGGUGAUGACGUGUGUGGCUGCCGGCCCGGGCGGCCGCGUGUUCCUGGGCGGCGCCGACGGCCACGUGUACGAGCUGGUGUACCACGCCGCAGACACCUGGCGCCACAAGCGCAUCAGCAAGGUCCGCCUGACCUCUGGCCUGCAGCAGUACCUGCCCUCCUUCGUGCCCAGCCUGUUGGGUCUGGGCGCGCCGCCCGCCGUGGAGCGCCUGGCGGUGGACCGCGAGCGCCACGUGCUGUACGCGCUAAACGCGGCCAGCGGCAUCACGGUGUUUGACCUGGGCACGUGCGGCAACGAGCCCGCCCGCCGCGUGGCCGAGCUGUCCAACGUGUACAACGCCGCCGCCGCCGCCAGCCGCGAGCUGUUCCGCGGCGCCAGCGCGGACCGCAAGGGCGCAGCGGUCAAGUACAUCGCGCCCAUUGCCACCAGCGAGUCCUCCAAGCUGCACCUGCUGGCCGUCACCGCCGACGGCCGCCGCAUCUACUUCUCCACAUGGCACUCGGGCGCUGGGUACGGAGGUGGCGGAGCCGGCAGCUACAGCGGCGGCGGCGGCGCCGCAGGCGGCGGCGCCGCGGGCGGGGCGCAGGGCGCCGAGGCCGCGGCGGCGGCGGCCGCGGCCGCGGCCGCGGCGGCGGGCGUGGAGGCGGAGGCGCCCUUCCACCGGCGGCCGGAGACGCUGGUGGCCAUGUUUGCGCGGGCGGCCCUGCCGCAUGCGGGCGUGGCGCGCGGCCCGGGGGCCGACCUGUCCAGGUCUGCGGCUCUGGAGAUCGUUGCGGCGCACUACUCGGCCGGCUGCCUGCUGCUCAGCGAGUCGGCGCAGGGAGGCGGCGGCGGCGCAGGCGGCAACAGCGGAGGCGGCGGCGCCACCAAGCUCCUGGCCGCCAGCCGCAACACCACAGUACCGCCCGCCACCCUCAACACCCACACCGGCAGCUUCGCCGCCACUGGGUACGGCGGCUACAGCGGCUAUGGGUACGGCGGCGGCGGGUACGGCGGCGGCGGCAGCUACGGCGGCGGCUACGUGGUGGGCGGCCUGCGGGAGAGCGUCACGGAGCUGGACAAUUUCGUGCCGGGCGAGACGUGCGCGGUGGAGCCGGCGCCGCUGCGGCCGCUGCUGGGUCCGGACGCGCUGCCGCCCGGCGCCGGGCCCAGCAGCGACGAGCUGGCGGCGGCGGUGUGGUGGCCGCCGCCGCGGUUCGCGCUGAUCGGCACGGCGGGCGUGGUGGAGCUGGAGAAGAGGCGGCCCGUGGAGCUGCUGGUGCACAUCCUGGAGCGCAACUCGCAGGAGCAGCUGCGCACCUUCUUCCAGUCCUACGGCGCGGUGGAGGCCACGGCCAUGUGCUACAUGGUGGCCACCUCGGGACCGCCCGGAGCCCUAGCGGCACUGGCGCUGCCCGGCAACUCCGCCGCUACCUACGGCGGCACGCGCGGCGGCGGUGCGGCCGCGGCCUCCUCCGCCUACUACCUGCUCAACCCCGCCACCUCCAGCAGCCUGGGCGGCGGCGGCUACGUGUCGGCGGCGGCGGCGCGGGCGGCGGCGGCGGCGCUGGACAGCCCGCUGCUGUGCGGCGAGGCGCGCAUGCCCGAGGACGCGGCGGCGGCGGAGGGAGGUUACCCCGCGCCCGGCGGCGGCGGUAUCGCGGGCGCUGGUGGCGGCGGCGGCAACGGCGGCAUGUACAUGGGGCGUGCCGUGGACCCCAACCCCGGCCCCUCCUGGAGCGCCGGCCACCGCGGCCUGUGCCUGUACGUCAGCCGCCUGCUGGCGCCCGUGUACGACAAGAAGGUGGCGGCGGCGGUGGGCGGCGGCAAGGCGGCGGCGGGCGGCAGCGGCGCGGCCGGUGCGGCCGGCGGCGGCGGGCUGGGCGGUGGCGGCAAUGUGCUGGCCUGCCGCUUCAGCGCCAAGACGCUCGAGGCGCUGGAGGACCGGCUGCGCGCCCUGGCCGCCUUCCUGGAGGUGGCCAUUGCGCGCCGCCAGCAGAAGGGCUACGGCAGCCGCACCACCGCAGGCGCAGCCGCAGCAGGCGGCGGUGGCGGCGGCGCCGCCGGCGGCCCGGGCGCCGGCGCCGGCAUGCCCAUGGGCCCCUUCGGCGCGCCCUUCGCCUACAGCGGCAUGGGUGUGGGUGCUGGCGGCGGCGGUGGCGGGUUUGGCGGCGGCGGUGUGGGUAUGGGCGGCGGCGGCGGCGGCGGUGUGGACGACCAGGUGGCGGCCAUGCACAAGCGGCGGCGGCUGGAGCACGCGGCGCAGCAGGAGGACGAGCAGGCGGCGCGCAUCAGGGCGCUGGUCCUGCGUGUGGCUGAGGCGUGCAGCCUGCUGCGGCUGCUGGCGGCGCACAACCUGGGCCGGCUGGCGCUGAGGCAGCUGCGGGGCAGCGCCGGAGCCGCCGCCGACAUGAACAAGCUGGCCAACCUGACGCUGCGCGGCCUGUCCCAGGAGCCCGACGGCGAGGCGCUGGCGGCGGCGCUCAUCAGCGGCCUGGUCAACGAGCAGCUGGACCUGGGCGUGGCGGCCACAGCGGGCGGCGCGGCGUCCUCGGGCCUGGUGGCGGCCUCGGGCGUGGGCGCGGCAGCGGGCGGCGCGGCGGGCGCCGAGGCUCUGGCCGCGGCUCUGCAGGCUGCCGCGCCCAGCUACUUCCGGCAGGAGGACCGCACCUACUACCAGGCCUCUGCGCUGCUCAAGGCCGCCGAGGCCGCGGCGCCCGGCCCCGAGCGCGAGGGCGCCGUGCGUCAGGCGGUGGGGCUGCUGCUGCGUGUGCCGCUGGUGGUGCACCUGGAGGCGCUGGUCAGCCAGCUGGCCAACCUCAAGUACUACGAGGGCAUCGUGACGGUGCCGCUGGCGGCCGCGGCGGCGCGCGACCCCGAGGGCUUGGCGCUGCGGCCCGAGCUGGGCGCCGCCUGCGAGCUGGCGCGGCAGCGGCGCCGCGAGGCCUACCAGCACGUGCUGGCGGCGCUCAAGGCGGUGCUCAGCCCGGACGGCGGCGGCGGCGCAGGCGUGCUGGGCGGCGCGGGCGCGGGCGCGAGUGGUGGUGGUGGAGGCGCGGCGCUGACGGCGGCGGAGCGCGCGGUGUUCAAAUCGGCCCUUCUCAAGGCCUGCCUGUCCUCGGGCGCCUCCGACGCCUUCUUCCUGGACGAGCUGUACGGCUUCAUGGUGGGCGCAGGAGCGAGCAGCGGGGCAGGCGGGGCAGGCGGGGCAGCAGGAGGAGGAGGAGGCGGCUCGGGCGCGGCGGCGGCGGCGGCGGACGAGCUGCUGGCACGUGACGCGCCCGGCCUGGAGAGCUACCUGGCCAGGGAGGGCGGCCUGCUGCCACCCGGCGCCGCCUCCGGUCUGACGCCGCCCUCCACUGCCGCCGCGGCCGCAGCCGCGCUGGGCGGCGGCGGCACCGCCAUCGGGCCGCUCACGGCCGGCCAGGUGGGGUUGCUGGAGCUGCUGUGCCGCAUGCUGGUCGGCAAGGCCAGGUUCCUGGACGCAGCGCUGGUGUACGGCGCACUGGGCUGCCGCCGCAGUGGGCCCGGGCCCGAGCUGGCGGUGCCGCUGAGGGCGCGCGUCAGCGCGCUGCAGUCCGCGGUGCUGCAGGCUCGCUCCGCCGGCGACACGGCGCUGGUGAGCCGCCUGGACAGCGACGCGCGCGUGGUGGGCUUCCAGGCAGCCAUCACGGAGCGGCUGCAGGCCCGCCGCACAAAACAGGCGGCAGCGCCGGCGGCGCAGCAGGCCGCGCGCGGCGGCGCCGGCGCCGGCGCGUCCGACUCCGCCGCCGCCGCCGCGUCAUCCGCGCUGGCGGAUCUGGAUCGCGCCCUGGCCGAGCUGUCGGGCGCCCCCCUGGAGCUGUCGGUGCUGUACAACUCGUACGCGCAGCCGUACGGGCUGUGGGACGUGUGCCUGCAGAUGAUCCGCUUCGCGGGCGGCGGCGGCGGUGGCGGCGCGGCGGAGCCGUCCGCGGUGGUGCGCACGCUGUGGGACCACGAGCUCAUUCGGGGCUACGACCAGCGCCGUGACGCCCCGCCCGCCGCGCGCCUGGCCGACGCCUGCGACGCGGUGGCGGCCCUGGGCCCCAGCCUGCACCCCGACGACCUCACACUGCCGCUGCUGCACGUGGCCUGGCGCCUGGAGGCACUGGCGGCGGGGCUGUGGCCGGCGGCGCCCGCCGACGGCAGCACUGGCGCCGGCGGCGCCGGCAGCGCCUACGGCGGCUCCGCGCCGGCGGGCGACCGCAGCAGCGAGAUCAUCGUCCCGGCGCUCGUGACCGCGGCCGGCGGCAGCGCCGCGGCGGUGCGCCGUGUGUACGAGGCACUCCUGUCGCGCGGCCGCGGCGGCGGCUCCGCCGCGGUGGUGGCGGCCGCGGCGGGCGGCGGCGCCAUGGAUGCGCAGCUGGGCACCCCACGCAUGCGGGUGCAGCUGCUGCGCUCGGCGGUGGUGGCGUGCGGCGCGGCGCUGCUGGACGUGCAGUCCGCGGCGGGGCCGCUGCCGGCGCCGCCGCCGGGGCUGCUGCCCGGGCUGGCGGCGGCGGCGGUGGGCGGCGGCGCGGUGGCUCGAGCGCGCGAGGCGGGCGCACUGGCGGACGCUGCAGACAGGCUGGCGUUGGAGGCCCGGCGGCUGGGUGGGCCUGAGUGCGAGGACAUUGCGCGGCGGCUGGACGGCGUGCGGGCCGCGGCCGAGGCACUGGUGCGGUAGCGGUCAUGCGGGAGGCACAGGCGUUGCAGGUGGGCCCAAAACGAGAGGCCCGACGACUUGAUGGCUGGCAGUUAGGCGCUGGAGGCGGCUGGACUGGGGGCGGGAUGAGUGUGCGAUGGCUGGCGGUUAGGAGCUGGAGGCGGCUGGACUGGGGGCGGGAUGAGUGUGCGAUGGCUGGCGGUUAGGAGCUGGAGGCGGCUGGACUGGGGGCGGGAUGAGACCAGGCGGAGCAGUGCGGAUGCGCGCAAUCUGCUGCGGGCGCGAGUCGCACGCGAUGAGGGACGUAAAGCAGGAAGCAGGCGAAUUAGAUAGCAAAUAUAGAGGAGGCGACCUAUUUUAGAACGUGAGUGGUCGACCGGAAGGUCGUGAGAGCACGCAGUGCUGGCAGGAACAAUCGCGUGUGGUCGGGGAGGGAGGGCGCAGGCAGGGGCACCCCUGGGCGCAGGUGCAUGCAUCCAGCUUCACGCCAUUGCGUGGGAGCGGGCGGCACCAGUCAGGGCCGAUGUGGCUCUGAGCACCAAGAGUCGAGAUCUUGAUAUGGAAAACGCACCAC